AUGCCAAACGAACAAAAUGGGUAUUGCGGACCGCAGACGAGCACGACGUCAGCAAAUGCGGGCAGUCGACGCAGUUCCAAAGAUGGCAGUAUGCGCUAUCAAAGACGCCCGGGUGAACACCUGAUGCGCGGACCCUAUGCUGGACCUAUUCCCCGGGUCCGCACCAAACAAAUGGAUCAGGCCGGUAUUGCGGAUCAGUACGACGACUGCUCCCCCACUGUGCGACAAAAACGAGGUAUCACACGACUCGAUACAUUUCGAGAAAAUGCGAUCGAAACGGAACCCCUCAACUCCAAUGCACUAAUCGAUUUCGAAAAGCCUGAAGGUUCUCUUCCACCAAAUGAAGAAAGCUCGCGUACGCUGAAAAUCCGCUCCGCAUUAUCCGUACUGAUCCCGGCCGCGUUUCAAUGUGUCGCUGCCAUAGCCGGUUUUUGGCCGCUUACUCGAAAUCGUAAAUAUUACCAGCUGAUUCAUAUCACUUUCUCCUCAUUGGCCGUAUUGCAAUGGUUACCAAGUGUCAAUGCUGUCGCUGUGGAAAUCAAUGAAAAUUUUGUGCAAAUGCACGAAUGGUAUCAGGAGUCAUCUUAUCUGAUCAACGUGAUAUUAUUGUGUGCCGCUGCAUUCGGUGCCAUAAUCCUUCCAUCUAUUACAUUAUGUGUCGCUGCAACCCAACUUCUACCGUAUUCCCGGCAGUUAAAGGGCGAUAUCGUGGGUGUGUGCCUAGCCUUGGGCACAGCACUGAUUGCCGCUACCGUAUGUUGUUUUUCCGGUUAUGCGACUUCGCGAUCACUCACUAACGCCAUUCAGUGGAAACCCUCGGCAGUUGUGGCUAACCAGUCCGCUUUAUAUGCUUUCGCCCUGAAGGAGGUGAUCAUUGCUGGUUAUGUGAUGCUAUCGUCUGUGUUCUUCUUUAUCGCCGCAAUCCAACGAAAUCAGAAUGUGGUGAUUGCUUCGGCAAUUGUACAAAUAAUAUGUGUGUUGGCUCUCUGCCAAUUAUUCUCACCGUCGCGUAUGACGGCGGUACUAAUCAACUCACGCGUACUUUCCAUUGAUAAUAGCACAUAUCCGGUAGCACAAGUAAAUGUUGUGCUUCUCUACGCCUUCAUCAUUGCACUCUUGUUGAUGAUCUCUAUACAAUUUAUCGUCACUGUAAUCUCAUUACGAAGCCAUUCGUUGAGCACUGGUUCUGCUCCUACUUUGGAAUAUCCUCAGCAAAGAACGAGUUUUUGA